CUCAACAUCUCGCUGUUACCAUACAAUUGAUUUCGGCUCAUCCCACUUCAGCUCAUCCAUUCAAUUCAUCCCGUGAAGCCGAUAUACGACGACAAACGUCACGACCAGCCUACACUGAAUAGAAAAACUAGACCCAAAAUCACCAGCAAGAUGGCCACCCGCAGAAUCAUAUCCCAAGAGAAGACUCUACUCGAAAAGGAUGACCGUAUCGGUUCCAGCCCAGCGGCAAGCGAGAAGUCCAACAUCACGCCAGCCGUCCCCGCUUCCGUAAUUAUCAAACUUCUAGCCUUCACCUUCGCAAUGAUCGUCAUCCCCAUUUCUUCAUACUUCCUCACAGUGGACCGUUUGUUCAAAGGAAACUCAACAUACGCCGGCGCCACAGCAGCUAUCAUGGCCAACGUGGUGUUAAUUGGGUAUAUCAUUGUUGCCAUGGCGGAGGAUCAGUCGGACCAGGAGAAUGAGAAGAAAGGAGGUGGUGGGAAAGUAGAAGGGAAGAAGGAUCUGUGAUCUUACUGAGAUGUGACAUGAAUGUUGUGACAUUGCUCGCUCUAAUGAACGGAAAGGGUGUGGGGAAAAAACAAAGGUAUUCAUUUGUGUACCCAAACAUCUCCUUAGUCGUUUGAAACGACGAGUGAAAUGUUCUUCGCGUGAUCAAGUGCAUCGGAGCUUGUCGGAUUCGUAUAACAAGUCUAACUUCUU